GAUUGCUGUUUAUAAAGCCAUAUAUCCAACAAUAGGAGUUCUCUCAGAUGUCCUAGCAGCUAUUGACCAAGCAGCGUUAGACGGGGUGGAUAUCUUAUCUCUGUCAAUAGGUCCAGAUGACCCACCAGAAGAAGCACUCACAUUCUUGGCAUUGUUUGAGAUCUUCAUGUUGGCAGCACACAAAGCUGGAGUUUUUGUUGUCCAAGCUGCUGGGAACCACGGCCCCAGUCCUUACAGUGUGAUCUCCUUUAGCCCAUGGACAGUGGGAGUUGCAGCCUGUGACACAGAUAGGAGUUUCCCUGGAUCUCUCAUUCUUGGUGAUGGUAAGAAAAUCAGUGGUAUAGGCUUGUCAGCAUCAACGUUCGAUGGGGGAGUUCUUCAACAUAAGCUGGUUUUGGCUAAGGAUGCCAUAAGGGCAAACAGAGUGUUCCCUAUGACAGCAGAGUACAUAGAGGAGUGUCAACAUCCAGAGGCACUAAACCCUUUUUUGGUGGAAGGGAGUUUGGUGAUCUGCAGCUUCUCAGCUGGUUUUUCUAAUGGAUCGUCAAGUCUAACAUCAAUCAUAAAGACAGCAAAGGCUCUUCGGUUUGCAGGAUUUGUAUUUGUUGCUAAUCCAACCUAUGGUGAUUUCAUAGCUGAGCCUAUCCCCUUCCAUGUUCCCGGCAUUCUGAUCCCAAGAACCAGUGACACACAAAUCAUAUUGACCUACUAUGAGAACCAGACAACAAGGGACACUCAUGGAUAUGUAACCAAGUAUAGCGGGCGUGCUGCCAUAACCGAGGGAAGAAUCGCUAGUUACUCAAACCGAGCUCCAGUUGUUAGCAGGUUUUCUUCAAGAGGUCCUGAUUUCAGUGGUCAAAGUAGGAAUCCAGCUGAUGUGCUAAAGCCUAACCUUCUAGCUCCAGGGCACCAGAUAUGGGCAGCUUGGAGCCCCAUGAGUGUUUCAGAUCCCAUUCUAUCUGGACACAAUUUUGCACUUAUCUCGGGGACGAGCAUGGCUACACCACAUGUUGCAGGCAUAGCUGCGCUCAUAAAGCAGAAAUAUCCUACGUGGACGCCGUCCAUGAUAGCUUCUGCAUUGUCAACCACUGCCACCACACAAGACAAUCUUGGAGACACCAUAAUGGCUCAAGGACUUGACCUCUACAGCUUACACCCCUCGGCGCCGUUCGGUUUUGGAUCGGGUCUCGUUAACCCCUCCCGCGCACUCGAUCCCGGUCUAGUCUUCUCAGCAGCCU